CGGGUUUUAGGGACAGAAGAGAGGGUUUUAGCAGUGGAAAUGCUUCUAUUCUCACGCCUUCAAUGGCGAUUCGAGCCUUCUUCACUCGAUCAAAAAUCCCCAUUUUCUCUCCAUCAAUCCUCCAAUCCCUGAUAUCACAUUCUCCAUCCAAUCCCAUCAAAUCUCAAUGCCCAAAUCACGAAAUCCAUCCAAAUGGACCCACAUCCGAUUUCAGGCGUUUCUAUCACGAUGGGAGGCCGAGGGGGCCGCUUUGGAAAGGAAAGAAGAUGAUAGGAAAGGAAGCUUUGUUCGUGAUUUUGGGCUUGAAGAGAUUCAAAGACGAUGAAGAAAAGCUCGAGAAGUUCGUGAAAUCUCACGUCAAGAGGCUGCUGAAGAUGGACAUGAUUGCUGUCUUGAAUGAGUUUGAAAGGCAGGAGGAGGUGAUGUUGGCGCUCAAGAUGUUUAGAGUAAUUCAAAAGGAAGAUUGGUAUAAGCCUGAUGUCUUUCUCUACAAGGAUUUGAUCAUUGCAUUAGCAAAGACUAAACGUAUGGAAGAUGCAAUGCAAGUGUGGGAGAGUAUGAGGAAAGAGGAUCUGUUUCCUGAUUCUCAGACAUAUGCUGAAGUAAUCAGGGGAUUCUUGAAAUAUGGCUCACCUGCUGAUGCCAUGAAUAUUUAUGAGGAUAUGAAGAAAUCGCCAGACCCGCCAGAGGAACUGCCAUUCAGGAUCUUGUUAAAGGGGCUCCUCCCACAUCCGCUGUUGAGAAACAGAGUCAAACAAGAUUUUGAGGAGAUGUUUCCAGAUCGGCAUGUUUACGAUCCUCCCGAAGAGAUCUUCGGCAUGCGCUGAGGCCCCUUCAGAAACCUUUCACCAUGUUGGAAGCACGGCGCCCGCCUACAACAUACCUUCUUCUGUGGCAGCAAGCGUGGUUAAGGAAAGCAGAUUCUCCUAUAACUGAAAAUCGCCAUUCAAGGGUAUAUGCAAUACCAUCCUUUGGUUAUUAGUUUGUUCGAUUGGGGUGAUUGGUUCAUUGAUCCAGACCGUUGGUCUGAUGCCCCAUCACCACACAACCAUCAAUCACUGUAGAUUGAUUGGCCGAGCAAGUCUCCCAGGUUCGAAGCUCCUGACCACUAACAUUGGGCCUUUGUUCAGUGUGGCCUGUUUCUGUAUUUCUAUUAUUAACCGCCUACCUGCCCAAAUUGGAAGGUUAGGAUUAUUAUAUAGAGGAGAUAUUGGCGAGGUCCUUCUACAGUGGGGCCCAGAAGACCAAUGGUGUAGAUGUGGAUCACUGCACCAUGGGCCUCACAUCUUACAAACUGUAAGCACUCGUAUAAUCUUCUCUGCUUCUUUGUAUUGUUGAAAUUUUGCUUGAUGAUAUUGUAACUUGAUUUUGUUGCUACUUGGUUGAAUUUCAUCAUCUUCUAAGCUGGCUUUCUUCA